AUGAUUUUUGCCAUAAAUGAAAUUAAUGAAAACCCUGAGAUGCUGCCUGAAGUUAAACUUGGCUACAAGAUUUAUAAUAGCUGUGGGACCAUGGACAUACUGAGGGCUGCACUGGCACUUGUGAGUGGACUCAAGGAAGAAAUCCGUGAUGAAAACUGCACAAAAACGGAAACAGUGCAAGCUGUCUUAGGUCAUUCAGGAUCACGUCCAACUAUUGCUUUUACACAGGUUGUCGGAAGAUUUAAAAUACCUGUGAUCAGCCAUUUUGCAACCUGUGCCUGCCUGAGCAACAGGAGAGAGUACCCCACUUUUUUCAGAACUAUUCCCAGUGACUACUAUCAAAGCCGAGCUCUGGCCAAGCUGGUUAAGCACUUUGGUUGGACCUGGGUUGGGGCUGUAGCUGUGGAUAAUGAAUAUGGCUUAAAUGGCAUUGUGGCAUUUAUUCAUGCUGCACAGGAAUACGGAGUGUGCAUUGAGUACUCAGAAACAUUUUCAUCAUCAGAUCCUCCAGAUGUUCUUCAGAGAAUAAUAGAGACUAUUAAACUGGCAACUUCCAAAGUGAUUAUGGCUUUCAUGUCUCACAGAGAAAUUAAAUUAUUGGCGUUUGAGUUAUACAAACAGAACAUUACGGGACUGCAGUGGAUCGGCAGUGACGCAUGGAUCACAGAUCACUCCCUGACAGACAGCGAAGGCCACGCCAUCCUACUGGGCUCAUUAGGGUUCACUGUGGCCAAAGCUGAGAUCCCAGGGCUGGAGGAGUAUCUGAGGCAGCUGCACCCCUCACAGUUCCCUGACAGUCGGUUUGUCAGAGAUUUCUGGGAGGAUGUGUUUGACUGCUCUCUAAAUAAAACCACAAACACACAAAGGCAGCCAUGCAGUGGCUUUGAGAGCUUGCAAAGCAUUCAGUCGCAGUUCACUGAUGUAUCUGAGCUCAGAUUCACUAACAAUGUGUAUAAAUCAGUCUAUGCAGUGGCUCAUGCUCUUGAUGACUUGAUGAAAUGUGAUGAUGGCAGAGGGUCCUUUUACAAUGGGAGCUGUUCUCACCCCACACACAUUCAACCAUGGCAGGUAUUGCAACAUGUCGACACUGUAAAUUUCACCAGUGUGAAUGGAGAAAGAGUUUAUUUUGACAAAAAUGGAGACCCACCAGCAAGAUAUGAACUUGUAAAUUUACAAAUUACAAGCAGAGGAAUUCUGGAAGGAGAAACUGUUGGUAUUUAUGAUGCCUCUCUUCCAGAGGAGUUUCAGUUUAUUAUGAACAACAUUCCAGUUGUCUGGGGAAAUGGAUUGACUGAGGUGCCUGAGUCAGUCUGCAGUAAGAAAUGUCUACCAGGAACUUACAAGGUCCUGCAGAAGAGAAAGCCAGUUUGCUGUUAUGACUGCAUACCCUGUCCAGCCGGCGAGAUCAGUAAUUUAACUGAUUCAAUACACUGUAUGAAAUGCCCCCCAGAGUACUGGUCCAACAAACAAAGAGAUGCCUGCAUCCUCAAACCAAUAGAAUUCCUGGCAUACAAUGAAAUUCUGGGAACACUAUUGGCGUUAUUUUCUUUGCUGGGCAUUCUUGUAACAACAAUCAUAACGGUAGUCUUCUACUGCCAUAAAGAAACUCCACUAGUACGAGCAAACAACUCUGAAAAAAAAAAA